CGGAUGGAUCAUUGGAAAUAGCAAUGAAUCUAACUUCAAACGAUGAAUUACAACGUUGGGUCGAGUCAUUCUCCUGCUGUCCCGGUCUGACUGUGGACGAUUCAUGCUCCGGUUUGAUCGCACCUUCGGGGCCACAAACAAUUGACGUGAACAGCAUGCAUAGUCUGGACGGCAUCAUUUUCUCAUAUUCACCCCCCGGCUCGCUUCGUCUUUCUCCAUCCCCCGUUGUUAACCAGCGAUGUGAUCUAAUCAGUAAACUUUAGCC